UACCGACGGGAAUUACACCGGGGCGUUGCAGUGUCUUUCAAUCCGCCAAUCUGUUUCACUGCGUCAGCUAACAAAGCCUCCCCUGCCUCUCUUCACCUUUCAGGUACCUCCUAGAGGUCCCAGACCUAUCAUGCCGUACAGCUCUGACAACCUCUGAAGCGGAUCUCGAAAAGAAAUGAGAGAGGACAUAAGAUAAUGUCAAUUUCAAUGGCUGUGGUUUUCAAGUAUGCUCCGUAACCAGCUUGAAGAAGCAUUUGGAUAGUGUCUAACGUGUACUGAUGCUGACAUCUCUCAAGAAAAAUUCUCAAUCAGGAAGCAAAGCAAGGAAAAAGUAAAUUCUAAUGGAAGAAUCACGCAAUCCUUUUCGUCUUUCCCAUCUUCCUGAUUCUGCAUCUACACAGAACACUAAGAGAUUUAAUGUAGAUGGGUAUGGGAGUCGUGGCUCUUCGCUUACUGCAGGCCUGAAGAAAAGGAGUCAUGGAAGUCGGUCUUGGACAAAAGUUGAUAAAAAUGGCAACUCAAAGAUUUUGAAGCUCGACAAGGCUACCAUAAUGAGACAUUGUUCUUUGCCUGCCAGGGAUCUCCGACUUUUAGAUCCUUUGUUCAUUUAUCCUUCUACAAUAUUAGGAAGGGAGAAGGCUAUUGUGGUCAGUCUUGAACAGAUCAGGUGUAUAAUCACAGCUGAUGAGGUUAUUCUGAUGAAUUCUUUGGAUGGAUGUGUUGUUCAGUACCAGUCAGAAUUGUGCAAACGCCUCCAGACAAACAGAGAUCAAGCUGAGGAUCUACCUUUCGAAUUUAGGGCACUGGAGCUGGCAUUGGAACUAAUAUGCAUGUCCCUAGAUUCUCAGGUAAAACAACUGGAAAUGGAGAUAUAUCCUGUGCUAGAUGAGUUAACAACAUCUAUUAGCACUCUUAAUCUAGAACGUGUGCGUAGACUCAAAGGCCACCUCCUUGCCUUGACUCGGCGAGUUCAGAAGGUCCGAGAUGAAAUAGAACAUCUCAUGGAUGAUGAUGGUGACAUGGCUGAGAUGUAUCUGACCGAAAAGAAAGAAAAGUCAGAGGCUUAUACCUUGAGUGAUCGUUGUCUAGGAACUGAUACUUCAGGUGAGGCCACAAUGAUUUCGAAAUCAGCUCCUGUUUCACCUGUGGAGUCCAUCAGUGGAGCUCAGAAUUCUCAAAGGGCUUUUAACAGUAUCGUCAGUUUGAGCAAAUAUGGAAGCAUAACGGGUUCAUCUGAUAGAGGGGAAAACAUCGAACAACUGGAAAUGUUACUCGAGGCGUACUUUGUUGUCAUCGACAAUACUCAUAGCAAGUUGUUAUCGCUCAAAGAAUACAUUGAUGAUACUGAAGAUUUUAUCAAUAUUAAACUGGGCAAUGUUCAGAACCAUCUCAUACAAUUUCAGUUGCUUCUCACGGCUGCGACCUUUGCAGCUGCAAUAUUCGCUUCUGUCACAGCAGUAUUUGGAAUGAACUUUUCUGACUCAAUUUUUGACUAUCCAUCCAUGUUCAAUUGGGUUCUGGUUAUUACUGGUGGUGCCUGUGGAUUUUUGUACUUCUCUUUCCUAUAUUUUUUAAGGCACAGGAAAGUCUUUCCACUGUAAAUUCUGAAAGUUGCAAUGUUAAAUGUGUCAGAUCAUUUCUAAUUA